AUGUCCCCAGCUCGUAUUGGUAUUGUUGGUGGAGGCCCAGGAGGUCUUUCGACUGCCAUGAUUCUCUCAGCCAAAGGUUUCAACGUGACUCUUUUCGAAAAAUCCCCAACAAUUGGAGGACGAACGAGUUCACUUCAGGUUGGACACUCCAAGUUUGAUUUGGGUCCCACCUUCCUCAUGAUGAAAUUCGUUUUGGAUAAGGUCUUUCAAGACUCGGGAAAGAAAAGUGAACAUUAUAUGAAAUUUCAAAGAUUGGAUCCCAUGUAUCGUUUGCAAUUUAAUAAGGACACACAUAUGGAUUGUUAUGACUUUUCACAAAGAGACAAAAUGUUGCAAGAAUUGAAGAGAGUCGUUCCCGAAGAUGUGGAAGGCUAUCAACGAUGGUCUGAAUGGGAAACAAAGAGAUAUGAACGUUUAAUACCACUUCUUCAAAAGGCCUAUUCCUCUCAUAGUGAUGUGGUUUGUAUGGACGCGUUAAAGGCACUGCCUUACAUGCAGUUCCAAAAAUCAUUGCAUCACAUGUUGAGUGACUUUUACCAAAAUCCUUUGAGCAAACUAUCAUUUAGUUUUCAAGCCAAAUAUUUGGGUAUGAGUCCUUUCACGUGUCCAGCGUAUUAUGGAAUCAUACCAUUUGUGGAACAUGCAUUCGGAGUUUAUCAUGUGGAAGGAGGACUUUCUGAAAUUCCUCGAACCAUGGCUGUUGCUGCUUCUGAGAAUGGAGCUCACAUCAAAUUGGGUACACCUGUGAAACAAUUAAUCAUUGAUCAAAAUUCGAGACAAGUUAAAGGAGUCAAGGUGAUGGAAGAAGGAAAAGAAGAAAAUGAAUACUAUUUUGAUGAGGUUAUUCUCAAUGCUGACUUUCCCUACGCAGUUCAUCAUUUAAUUCCAAAUGCAGAAAAUCUAUUGAGACAAUGGAAACCUAGCAAAAUUGUUAAGAAGAAAUUCUCAUGUUCAACCUUCAUGAUGUAUCUUGCCUUAGAUAAGGAAUAUCCAGAAAUUCAACAUCAUACUAUCUCAUUUGCGGAUGAUUAUUCAGCUAAUUUGAAAGCAAUUUCAGAGGGAUAUAUAACUGACGAUUUGUCAAUUUACGUGAGAAAUUCAUGUGUCAAUGACAAGACCGUGUCACCAAAAGGAAAAUCAGGACUUUACGUGCUAGUUCCAAUUCCCAAUCUCAUUGACAGUCAAGGAAAAAUUGAUUGGACCAAUCCAACAACUAUUCAGAAAACUCGUGAACUUGUUCUCAAACAUUUGGAAACAAGAGUUGGUUUUGAGGAUUUGAGAAAUCAUAUUGAAGCAGAAAAAAUUAUUACUCCUAUCGAAUGGCAAUCACAACACAAUGUGUUCAACGGCUCAGUUUUUUCCUUGUCACAUAAUCUGCUACAAAUGUUAAGCAUGAGGCCUAGAAAUAAGUUCAAUGAGUUGGAGGGACUUUACUUGACAGGUGCCCAUACUUCACCUGGAAGUGGUUUGCCAACCAUUUUUGAAUCUGGAAGAAUGGUUUCCGAAAUGCUGUGUCAAAAGUAUGGAAUUCCUUAUACAAGAUCUUCUCUGCUUGAAUCCAUGUAG